GUUCCGGGACACGGUCCAGUUCUUGAAAUCAUGAAUCCUGUUUAUAGCCCUGGGUCUUCUGGGGUUCCCUAUGCAAAUGCCAAAGGAAUUGGAUAUCCAGCUGGUUUUCCUGUGGGCUAUGCAGCAGCUCCUGCCUAUUCUCCUAACAUGUACCCUGGAGCAAAUCCUACCUUCCAAACAGUGCUGGAGAUUGAACCCAGGGUCUUGCACAUGUUAGGCUACACUCCUGGUACACCUUACAAAGUGUCCUGUUCCCCAACCAGUGGAGCUGUGCCACCAUACUCCUCCUCCCCCAACCCCUACCAGACGGCCGUGUACCCAGUGAGAAGUGCCUACCCCCAGCAGAGCCCGUAUGCCCAGUUGUCUCUGUUUUCCCCACAGCAAGGCACGUAUUAUACACAGCCUCUGUAUGCAGCACCCCCUCAUGUCAUUCACCAUACCACGGUGGUGCAGCCCAAUGGCAUGCCAGCAACUGUCUACCCUGCUCCCAUCCCUCCUCCUAGAGGCAGCGGGGUCACCAUGGGCAUGGUUGCCGGGACCACAAUGGCCAUGUCAGCAGGUACCCUGCUGACUGCUCAUUCUCCAACUCCUGUAGCCCCUCACCCAGUCACUGUUCCCACAUACCGAGCUCCAGGAACACCCACCUACAGCUAUGUGCCCCCUCAGUGGUGAUGGCCCUGCAAAUUAAUAUUUGAGGAUGGAGCUGUGCAGUCACUUCAUUGAGUUCCACAGCUGGUGCUGCAGGCCUUGAGCCUCCAACCAGGACUUUCUUCUUAAUGCUCUCGACACAUAGCUAAACAUGACUGCGUCCCAGCCCAGCAGGUCCCAGCUCGAUAGUCUCCAACUAACUCUAUGGGUUGGUUUUAAAGCAAAUCCUGUUUUGUGGACUGCCUGGCAAUUUUUUUAGCUAACUGUAAUGAUAAAAAGGGAGUAUUACUCUAUUCUGAAUCUUAUCUAGUUGAAUGCAUGUUUAUAAAAACACAAAAAGCUUGCUCAAUCUACCUGCAGUGACUGAUGCAAAACCAUCAUAUGCAAAAUCCAAAGGACUGGACCGUGUUCUACAGCCUGUGUCACUCAUGCGCUGGUGUAAUGUAUGCCGAGUCUCACAGUUAACUCGUGAAAGUGAAUUUCCUCAAGAAUCAUCUGGAGUACUGGAGGGGAUUCUUGGGGUUGCCAGUUAGGGACACAGACUUGUAGUUUUCAGAAACCUGGUUUCUUGGCACUGACGAACCUGGAGGGAGCUGCAGGGAAUGGGAGAGUGUGAGUCUGUGGUGGUUCCAGAGCAGCAGCAGGUGUAGUAGGUCCCUUUCCUUCAUUUCAGCUGGAGUGUGGUCUGAGAAGCAGGGAAGUACCUGCAUCCUGUCAGGAAAUACGAGAGCUGGGUGGCCAGUACAGCUGGGAUGAAGAGUGGUCUGUGUGCCAGCAGAGCACUCUCUGCCAUCUGAAUUUCCACUGUACAUCUUACAGGAUAAUGUUUUGUGUAGCUGUUGGGACUGUGGGGAGAGUCCAGUGUAGAACUACACUGUUUUCCUAGGAGGGAAGAUGUCAAAGAAGAGCGGCUACACUGAGGUGGCAUUGUCUUUUGCUUUAUUUCACUUAGGGAAUCAUCCCUUUCUUUCCCCUUGAGAAAUAAUUGAGUCAGCUAAAAACACACAGGCACUGCUCUAUUUACCCCACAAAGAAGGGCAGAGGCUUCAGCUGUGUGCUGUGGAGAAUGGUGUAUAUUUAAGACUGGUUAAAAGGGAAUAAGUGUAUUUUUAAGUUAGUUCGUGUUUCUUGUAGAGAAGCAGGGCUGUGAUUAUGUCUAAAAUAUGUAGAAGUAAUGUAGCUUGUCCUGGGGUCAUUUACCUGAUGACCUGUCCUCUGUGUCUAGCUGGGGUGAGGCCUGAAAAGCCUGCAUAAGUGUCCUGUAAGCCUCUUUUGCCACCUUUUUCUGUGGCUGACGGCACUCAGCACCAAGCACAUGUGGAGAGUGCAAAGGGACUGGCAGUUUGGGACUGUGCUUGCUUGUCCACAUGUGUUGUGGGAAAGAUUUUGAGUAUGUACAUAAGAAAUCAAGAAGUUUCUUUCUGCUUAAAUGUGCCCAACUUGAAUCUGUGAGAGCGUUUCUGUUCAGGGAGGGUCAGAAGGGCAGGACAUGAGGACUUCUCUAGGGAUGUUUGGGUUUUUUUUCCCCCAUUGAAGUGCUGGGGUUUUGGUUGGAGGGGGUGCUUGUCUCUGGCAGGUAGGUCAGAGCUUCCAUGUUGGUGUGGAGGUCGCCUCGUUAGCAGUCAGCUUGGCUAGAGGGUGGGUCAUCUGAACAGUGAGCCUUUGGGAACCUUAUUUUGUAGUAGUGCUCUCCAUAACUUGUUUUUUAGCAUUUUAUUUUUUAAUAAGUUUUGGAAAAUUUCUGCAUGGAUCAGUGUAGACUGAAGAGUUCUCAUUCCUAAUGUCCAUGAACAUAGAAUGUUUACGGAUGAGUAUGUUUAAUUGCCUCGUGAGCACUUAACGGUGUGUGUGUGUGUGUGUGUGUGUGUGUGUGUGUGUGUGUGUAUGUGUUAAGAAAGCACACAGUGCACAGAGAUAGAAACAUUUGCUGUAGGCACACAGCUUGUAUCUGUACUUCAUGUUAAGGAUUCCCAUCUGUGUGGUGGAUGGUUUGCAAUGUUACUGGUUCAGGGUUUCCCCUGGACCCAACAGACAGAAGGUGGUUUUCCCAAGUGAACAAUCACAGAUCAGUGGAACAAAUGUACCCAUGAUUUUCGCAUGUGUUUGAAAAAGUCCCCUCACCUGCCCCCCACUAAGCUUACCUGUGAAGGGUAGAGUUGUUUGCCUGCGGCAGGAAGUUUUGGUGUCUGCUUGCAGCUGCACACAGUGUGUGUUUCCACAGGCCCUGAGUUCUCAGGAGAAAGAAGAGUGGGGUGGUGUCCCCUCCUGCUGAUGACAUUAGCUGCACACACUUAUCCUGUAACUGUUAACACAUCAUUCUUUUUCUUUUGAAUUGAAUUGAGUGACUAUCAAACACUUCUGUAUUAUACAACUCAUCUGGAAGUCUUUCCUGUUUUGAAACCAUCAGGACAUCAGCUCUGGAAUCUGCUGGUAAAAGAUCUUACCUAUCAGGUAAAAAGCUGGGCAUAGGGGUAGUAACAAACUGUCAUAGGUGGUGAUUUCAGUGGCAUUCAGUUUCAGUAAAAUUAAGGAACAGAACUUGGGUCAGUAUUUUAUUACACAGCUGCAUAGGUGUCCCCAAAACAUUAAGGAACAUUCCAAGAAAGUGUGCUUUUUAUGUGUGUAACAUUCCCAACUCUGUAGUCCUUCAGCUGAAUUCUUGUAGGAGGUAAAGCAGGCAGGCGAAGGACCUGAUACCUGUGAACAUGGACAUCAUUUUUAGGCACAUAUAUACAUUUUUAAAGUUUAUUCUCUGCUGCCUCCCCUGAGGCUAGGGAGCUUCUUCCUCUGCUGCUGCUGUUUGUAGUUUAAAGUUUGGUAGAGUUGAGUGUUAAGCAACCUGCGAGCUCCCUGAGAAGUAAGGCUACCAUCAACAUUGGGCUAGUUAGGUUACAGGCAUGGAAGUGCUGUUUCAGAACUUUUGUCUCCUGUCAUGUGGUCUUCGUGGAAGAACCAUUGAGUGGCUGUUGGCCUGCCAGUUACCAUGCUGGGUAGCAGCUUUUGAGUGUUUUGCAGAGGCAGGGUUUCUAUCAGGAGGGGAGGUCCUCAAUUCUGGAUUGGCUGUUGAGUAUCCUACCUUUCUUCAGCUUUGCAUCUGGUUAUGUUAUCCUGCUGUGCCAGGAGGCUGGAGGAGCAGAUUGGAUGUUUCUUAAGGGAUUGCUACAGUGAGAGGAAACCCGUUGGGGGAGGUCUAAGCUCACUGGCUUGCCUGUGGAGUAGAGAGGCUGGCAGGCAUAAAUAAGCCUUAAACCUUGGGGCUGCUUGACAUACAUUCCUCAGCUCUCCUUUGUGAAUAUUGGAGUACAGGAUUACUGACGGGGCCACUUUCUCUAACUCAGAAGCUGACACCUGUAGUUGUGGUAUACCUGGCACUGCUGGAUGGCACAAGACCUGGUAGUGGCAAUUGUGGCAGCUGCUGGUCCUUCCCUCUGGUGCUUUCUGAGGGUUGCUAGAGGGUAGGAGUGCAGCUGGCUGAGCAGCGGAGUGCAGAGCUCACUCUCCUGUCCAGCACACUUCCCAGGUUUGCAUAUUUCCUGAGUUGCUUAUCCUGCACAGUCUUCUAUGUUUGAUGGACUGAUACCCAGAAAGGAUAAUGUGGUUUUGGUAGGAAUACUUAAAUUAAUUCCCUGUGUUUUACUUCUUUCCUACCCCCUUCAUUUGAAGAACAGAAACCCUGUGGAAUAAAUGUUACUACAGUGAUGGUGUGGGAAGCAGCAGCUUUUCUGUCUGGGGACUGCAGUCCUUAUAUACGAGAUGUGAGGGCCUGAUGGGUAUAUCAGGCAGCUCCCAUGGCAGGGCAGUGGGUGGGUCUGGUGCAGACUGUGGGCAGUGUGAUAGACCAGUUAGGUGAGACUGGGGACCGGCUCCCAGUAGGGUUAUUGUGGCAGCUGCAGGCCCCAAGGAGCCUGAUAGGCCGUGACUGAACAGAAGAGGUUCUUCUUUUUUUAAACUUUUGUUUUUAAAUACUCUUUUUUACACUGUUUUCUUGGUACUUUUUUUAUGCUUAAGUCAGCAUUGUCUUCCAGUGUUAAAGGCAUCCCUUGCCUCUUCAUUGAACUUAUGUGUCAAUAUAAUAGGAAUGGGCAGACUGUCCAUCCCAAGCCAGUUCGAUUAAAUGUAAAUUCAUACUGUUUUAAUUUUUUAUGCAAUCUGAUGAGUAGAUGAGCUCAGAUUUAAAAGCACGUUUAUUGUAACAGGAAUUGUUAUGUAUUAAUACUGCAGUUUUCAAUAAAGAUUGACUUGUGUUGCAUAUUCUGA